GCCAUUCACCGACUUGGACAACCACAACAUCCAUCAAAACAACAUAUCCCCUCACCGGCCUACCGACAACUCCUCACCACCGCAAUCAUGUCGCGCGAAGCCUACACCCCACCAGCUCUCACCUCCGACGCCAUCACCAUCGGCUCAGGCGCACAACAAGCACCGCAAGGCAGUUUCGCCAUCACAGGCGCGGGAAGUUUCGAGGACACCUCCAAGCCAGUGCACUACCUGUGCGGCGACUGUGACACGAAAGUCUCUCUGAAAAAGGGCGACCCGAUUCGAUGCAAGGAGUGCGGAUAUCGUGUGCUGUACAAGGAGAGGACGAAUCGGAUGAUUCAAUUUGAAGCUCGUUGAAGGGGAUGCUGGAGACAUGGAUGCAUUGGCGGGAAGGGCAGGAAGAAAAUUGAAAAGAAGAGGCUGCAUGCUUCGCGGACUGCGAAGCUGGUGAACAGAACGGCGGGACGACGAUUGACACGGUUAGCGAGGGCGUUCCUGGGAUUGCGAUCAAAGAUGAGAGUAAAAUUGGAAUUGAGACCGAGUAAGGUUCAGCAACACGGCCUUGCAACACAGAAAUUCCAAAAGACUGUGAAUUCGAUUCAGUAUUCGGCACGAUUUGCAGGAUGUUCCACUUGCAGGCAGCUUAGCAGGACACACAGUUGGGCGUACGUGCAGGCAUGCAAGCAAACUACCUCGACGCUUGAAUGGCCGUAUAGGUAAACUAGCAUCAACGUCUUGUUAGCAUGAAGGGUACCUCAGUGG